UGUAAAUUUUUCGCAGUCUCAGUUCGAUCGCGGUGUCGCGUGCACUUGUUUUGCUGUACGAGUACGACUAGUUGCUCUGGAGGUUUGCCUAGUUUAGUUCGAAGUUUUUUUUCCUGCUGCAUUCUAUCUCAAGUUCCAUGGUGUUGCGUUCUUUUGUCCAGACGAAGCUGGCACAUUUGUGAACUUUUCUUGAUUUUGUUCGGAGUUGUGUGAUUUGUUUCAGUGGUUUUGUAGGAUUUCGUUCAGCUCGGAACGAAAACGUACCAUUUUCGAGUACUAAUUGUGACAAAGCGACGAUUUCAACUAUCUGCCGCUCUUCGAAGGCAAACCACGAACCCGAUAAAGGAAGGCGAUUGGCGUAAAUAAAUUAGCGACCUUUGCUUCGGUGUGCAAAUUAUACAUUGAUUGGAUUGCCUUGAAGUAUAUAGUGCUAUUCAAAGUAGUGUGAACAAACAAAUGCGUGAGUGAUUUCUUACAGUAUUACGAGUGAUUUCGAUCAGUGUCACAACUGGCAACUUUGAAAUUUGAAAAUUAAAUUCAAGCGCUGUUCAAGGACCAGCGACGAGUGGGCGUUUCUUGGUUUACGAGGUUUUUCGUUUGAAUAAAAAAAAACAUACAAUUACGUUUUAUAAAUGCUAUUGAAAUUCAAGUGGAAAUAACUGAUUGGACUGGUUUUGAUCUAGUGUUUUGGAGUUUUUGAAACAAUUUAUCUAGGUUCUUCAUAAUAGGGUCGAUUCGAAAUCUACUGAGUACCUGAACGAAAGUCUGACUACAUUUGUUGUGUGAUAAAAGGUUUGCAGAUGCGGAUAUACUGACUAACGUAUUUAGCUGGUGAUCGUAUUAUAUUGGUUUGGUCCUCAUAAUUGUCGUUGAUCGUCAAGUAAAGUUGUGCUUUCCGUAGAAAAUUUGCUAUCACAUAAGGUUGUCUUUCGAUUGCCAUGCUUCCGGAAUACAUUCAAUCUAUUCUGAAUAAGCCCCAGUAGGCACACGAGUAGAAGUAUGCGGUGGUCCGUGCAGGUGCUAGCUUUAAUAGUAGUAAUAGUACAUUCAGUAAGUGCUUCGGGUUCAGAAUGACGGAUGUUGCCACGCCUCAUAAGAUACUGAACUUCAACAGCAGCAGCAGCAGCAACAACAACAACAAUAAUUUGACCACUUCCGGUAACAGUGGACCACGCAGUGUUUCCUUCAAUCGAGACGUGCACGUUAAAAGGAUUGGAUCACGUUCGGAGCCACGAACUUUCGCUUCAAAUUCGAACGUUCGCAAGGAAGCACAGAACUUAUCAGCAGAAGCACUACGGAAGGAAGCUGAAUUUGUUCUUGCACACGCGGAUCGCAUCGACAGAGCCCGUUCGCAAAGUGAAGGAGAGAUCCGAGGAAAGGACAAUCAAUUUAAUUCUCUCCCAUCUCGUAAAUCUCGAGCUAAAGCUGCCCUUACACGAAGCUCCAGUGACGCAUCGUCUCAGAAACCCCAGAAGAACUUACUCAAUCUGUUUAACAACAAAAGCAAGUCAGAUAGAGCAGCACCGCCAUCGAACGAAAAGUCACGAACUGUGGUCAGUCGUAGCAAAAGUGAUGUUGGUCAACCAGGCCAGGUGAGAGUACGUAAAACACCCAGGCGAAACACUCAAGAGCUGAAACAUGAUCCAUUAACACCGAUCAUCGAAGCAUCUCCGGCGGAAUAUACAAAGAAAUUGGAUCCAUUGACAGUUUAUACUCAGCAGAUCAACGAUUGUGUUCACACGCCAGUGUCGGACAACUUCUCCGCUCACACCGCUUCAAAGCCAGUAAUGGAAACGAUAGCAUUGUUGCGCCAAAACUCCAAACCUCAAGAAAGACUGCACUGCUCUCAGUUACCACCGGAGAAACCGAACCUCACCAAGGGGGUUACAGUGGAGAACAUUGUAAAGCGGCUUUCCAGCGAACGUCACACAUCACCUCCUCCAGCGCAAAUUGUCCGCGACGGAUUUUCCUACACUCGUCCUGGUGAACCUGUUGUUUAUGCACAGGUUGUUUGUAGUAAUGAAGGCAAAGAAAAGCACACUGUUCGCAAUCAGUAUAUGGCCAACGUUAACGAAGAAGACAUAACGAAAUCUAGUCUCUACGAUCAAGACAGAAUGACCACAAAGGAGUACCUCACCAUGAAACGUCCCAGCCCACCACUUCCCAAGUACACGCUAGACGAAACGGAUAAUUUUCCUCGAACGAAGUUCAAAGUUUACAAUAGCGAUGAAGACGAAGGUCUUGGAAUCGACUAUAGCAAACGUUUCUCAACCACCUAUCUGAAAGCAACGACCACUGAUUCCAUCACGAAUUCGGAUGAAGAUCAUAUUACCCCGACGGUCAAACAUGCACCACCCGAGCGUCCUCUGUACAAUCAUAGUUUUAGUGCCAACUAUCGAGGUCAGGCAGAUGGGAAAGAAUAUUUACCAGAAUUUCACGAACUCAGUCAACGACGCGAAAUUCUAGAAUCCAGAAUACGAAACCGAAUUGGGUCUAGGGAGCUGUUGAAUAAGCGUUCACCCGAUCGAAUAUUUGGAGUUGAAUCGGGUGGUUCUCGAUAUGAAAGUCAUCAAAGGAGUGCGUUUAGGAGAAGCGCUGAUCGGAUGGGCAGUGAGUCCCCGAUUCGACGAAGAACUGUUUCACCGUAUCCUGUGAAAGAAGAACCCAUUGAACGAAAGAAUGCGAAGAAUGGUUAUGUUGAGUCAUUUGUUACCAAGACAGUAAUAAAUCGGGACGGAAAACCGUACACAGAGGAAUUUGUGGAACGCUUCAAGUACCCUACCAAAAAUCUGGAGGACGUUCGAACGACAAGAACUACGUACGAUCGAGAGGGGUCUGUAGAACGGAAGGAAGUGCAAAACUUUACUCGCAAUUUGAAUGAUAUCGGAUACUCAAGGCAGUUUUUAGAUAAAGGUGAUUCUGGAAUCGAGAACGACUUCAGAAAGGAUUCAUUCGUCAACGAGUUUCCGACGGGCAAAAAAUAUUCGUUGUCUCAGAAUAUUUUGGCUUGUGAGAGUUUCAUUCGGAAUGAACGAGUUCAUACCAACAACUGUCUACAGAAACCGAGAAGGAUGUACACUUAUAGGGAACGAAGCAUUGACGAUGGCAGCCGUUUUGAUCCACGAUUGGAUGAAUACUCAGUAGAUCGCACCAAGGUACUGAAAUCGUCACUAAAGCAAGAGAAAAAACCAGGAGGUUUAGCAAAGGUGAAAGAAUUUAUGAGUUCUACGAAAAAGAAAUUAUUAGGCGAUACGGAUAAGAAAGGCUCCAGACAAAGCAGUAUUCGCAGUGAGGAUCGGGCGCGAUAUGAGGAACAACAUCUUUCAAAGGUGUCCGACAUUGCCAAUCGUCGUCGACUGUCAACGCCCAAGUCCAGUCCAUCGACGACGAAGCGGUCGCUAUCUUUCAAGGGAGUAAAGGGUAGCGAAGCAACGAAAUCCUCCCGAUCCGAUUGGUUCAAGUCGUUUGAUCGUUUGUCCCGUAAAAAGUCGGAUGCCAAGUCCCAUGUCGGUAGCGAUUCGAAAUCAUCCAGUGGUAUCAAGCAGCAGAAAAGUCUGCGAUUUUUCGGGGAUACCGAUUCGGAAUACGUUGAUCAUGUGCCACAGAAAGUUAGUCGCUCGAAGUCUUCGUUGUCGAAAGUUGACAAACGAUAUCAAAGUGCUUACGAUUUGGAAGCGACACCAAAGAUUCGAGAGAACCGGAAUCGAUCAACGUCUAUGUUGAACUUGGACCAUGGCGAUCGUCAAAAGGAUUCCAAGCGAAAUGAUCUCUACGAUAUUUCCGAGGAUACGACGAGCUAUCGAAUGAGAUCACCGUCUCCUGCCUAUCCGCCUAAGCGGGUCCAUAGUAUAAAUCGGGAUUACACUCCAGAACGGUCGACUAGUCGAAAAAGUUACAGUCGAUCACGGGAGAACAGUGUUGAUCACUCAGAAUCAGAGCAUUACCAGCGCUCGAGCCGCAGUAGGAACGAACAACGUAGUAACAAACCACCUACAGGGCCCCAAAAACCAGCGCGAUCAUUCGAACGAAGAGGAAGCUUGACCAGGGAAUUCGAUCGGGUUCAUGACAGCUCCGGUACCGAGGGUGAAUCUAGUCAACAAAGUCAGCGCAGCGUUGUAUUUCUUCACGCCACAACAGUUGGUGACAUACCCCAUCCACAUAUAGCAAACGCUCACCGGAUGGCGUAUUCACGGGAGUCACUGAACAGCCCAAAAAAACUUCAACCAAUGACGCGAACCAUCUCCCGUUCGAUAUCGGUGUUGGCACCAUGGAAACCGAAACACAUCCGCGAAGGAUACGAAAUUAACUAUCAUAACGAUCAACAGCAACCGGUGACGAAACCGAUCUCAACCCUACCGCGACCGCUAAAGAACCGAUCGACUAGUCAAUCAACGCUGAAUCGGAAUAAACCGAAAAGCCGUCGCAAUAACGCAAGUGUGAAGGACGAUCUGGAUUCGGACAAGAGCUCUUCAUUCGACAACUCCCGGUAUCCGAGAACUGUCGGAGCUGGUCAUCAGACACACUCGUUACCACGAAGGCCAAGGGAUGGAUCAAGCUUGGCGGCGAAUCAAUCCGGUAGCUCGAGAACUAACACGCUUCAGAAACAGCGGAGAAUCUAACCUCACCACACAUGAAUUGAUAUGAUGUAGAGAAGUGUGGAAUAACACUGAUAAUAAUAACAGUAACCUCUUGUAGUCUUGCUUUGAUUUAUCAAUUUUCUAUUUAUUUGUGCUUGCCACACGAAAAUAAUUGUGGAUUUCUUGGAGUUUUAGCUUUUUAGUAUUGGAGUAAGAUUGUAAACUUGUCAUUACAUUUUAACGAUUGUUUGUUUUUGGAAAAGAUUUCAAUUGAGAAGAAGUAAAUUCACUAAAACGUAAUCACAAUCCAGGAAAAAAUCAUAAACAUUCCAUCAAA